UUACAGCGCAGGAAUACAGAAAUGAUCAUAGUUUAGUUGUUAGGGUAAGAGGUGCCAGAUAGAAGUGUCCUUGACAAGGACUAGACUGCAGCACCAACCAUCGUCUGGAUAACUCCACUUCUCUCCACAUACUCCUAAAAAAUGAAGCUGCAUCUGUUUACGGUGGACGCCUUCACUGACCUACCGUUCUGUGGCAACCCUGCAGCGGUGGUGCUACUCUCACAGGUGGUAGAGGAACACAAGCUCCAGAAACUGGCCAAGGAGCUGAACCUUUCCGAGACAGCGUAUGUGAAACCCUUAGUCAGCACUGCUGAAGAUCCCUGGGUACACUGCUCCAGGUUCACCCUCCGCUGGUUUACACCCACUACCGAGGUUCCUCUCUGUGGGCACGCUACCCUCGCCACUGCCCACGUACUCUUCCACUCUUUAGGAAACACGAGUCACCAGCUGGAGUUGUCGGCAGUGUUCCCCCCGGGGCGGUGAUGUGCUGGUCACUGUGAGGACUGAUGGGCGAGUCGACCUCUCAGGACAAGCUGUCACCAUCAUCCAGGGACAUGUUACUCUAUACAUCUCGGUAUUGACUAAGAUAACAUACACUGGUAGUAACUAA